AUGUCGGAGCGUAUUCGUGAGUUGGUUGAAGAGCCUGCUGCCUUUGUGAAGGAGGGCACGCAGUUCUUGAAGCGAUGCACGAAGCCUGAUCGCAAGGAGUUCAUUCAAAUUUGCCGCGCUGUGUGCACUGGCUUUGUGCUAAUGGGCUUCAUUGGCUACCUAGUGAAGCUGGUUCACAUUCCGAUUAACAACAUUGUAGGUGAUCUGAAACGAAAGAGAGAUCUGGUACUAACACAGUUGUGA